GGGAGUGCCAGUCACACACCUGUCUCCAACAGUCUGUGAAGGAGCAGAAGGAUUGUCACUCUGCUGGUUUUAGCUGCUCAAGAUACUCCUGGUACUAGUUUGGACUGCAACAAGAAUGGACGUGUUGUGUUGGAGGAAGCCUGGUGUGUGCUCUAGAAAGUUAUUGAUGGUGCUCUCUGCAAUGUACCUGAGCACAGACCAUCUCAGCUUUACCAAUUUUAACUCCUAGGCAAUCAGAUAUCACUGUGGCAAUGAAGGUGACCUCUAUUGGGCCACAGACAGUCCGCAAAGCCCGGGGUGGGACAGUAGUUCUGGGAUGUACUUUCAUCGCUGAUGUCACAGAUAGGGGAGAGCUGGACAUUGAGUGGUCGAACAUGAACCCAGAUACAACGCAGAAAGAUGAGCAGAUCCUGGGGUUUUCUGGGGGUGAGGUGUUUCAUUACGGCAGCCAAGAUCUCAGCAAACGUUUGAACUUCACAGAUAAGAACCCAGCAUUGGGUGAUGCCUCUAUUUCCAUAACAGACCUGGAACUUGGAGACACAUCAACCUACCAGUGCAAAGUGAAGAAAAUGCCGGGCAUUGAUACACGCAAGGUUACAUUGGUGGUGGAGGUGCCACCCUCAGUGCCCAGGUGCUCAGUGGAGGGGGGUCAGGACGAGGGGCACUCAGUAUCUCUCAGCUGCAAAUCUGAUGAGGGCAUGAUCCCCCUCACCUACAAAUGGGGGAGGGAGAGCGGAGAAGGACUACCGCCCACAGCCAUACAGAAUCCUGGAACAGGCAUACUCCUGAUCCAGAAUCAUACCAAGAGUUUCUCAGGAUCGUAUCGAUGCACAGUGAGAAACGCUGUUGGAGAGGAGCAGUGUGUGUUGUCGCUUGGCAUAAGCCCAUCUGUGAAUAAAGCCGGAAUGAUAGCGGGUGCUGUGAUUGGUUCUCUGCUUUUGUUGCUCCUCCUCCUGCUCCUCAUCUGGCUUCUUAUUUGCUGUUGCAACAAGCGGCGAUAUCAGAAGGAAGUGGCCAAUGAGAUCAGGGAGGAUGUGGCCCCUCCAGUCAGUCGCUCAGUCACGCCCAAUGCCAGUGUCCACUCCAGCUUCCGCUCCAUCCUGGGCUACCGCUCACAUCCCAUCAUUGGCUACCAUUACCAACGAGCCAACCACAGAGACAUCUACAAAGGGCAGCUUAUGGACAGCAACAAACCAUCUAAUAACAACCUGACAAAACCUGGGGGGGUUCCUGUUAUGACAUCCGUUCAAAACAGAGAAGCAUAUGCUGUCUAAAAGACAGAAAAAUUGUUAGGGCAUAGGAUAAAAAAAAGACGUGACAAAAGAGAUAUAGGUAAGAUAGAGAGAGGGAGAAAUUGUGUAAUUUAAACCCUUUGUUGUCCAUUUAUUCAGCGCUUGUCAGGUGCGUCAG